UAGCAUAUCUAUCAUUCUGUAAUUGUUACAAUUAGAGCAAUGAGGCCGUGGCUGUACUUUGAUUGGAUAUUUUCAUUAACGCCAAAAGGUAGAGAGCAAAAAAAGCUUCUAAAGAUAUUACAUGGAUUUACCGGAAAGAUUAUUGCCGAAAGAAAAGUUUAUCAUGAACGCACUAAUGGUCAAUACUUGAAAAACUUUGGCAAUGAAGAUUUCGCAGAAGAAAAUUACAUAGAAACAACAGAUCGGAAGA